AUGGCUUCAAAAAUCGAUAUCGAUUGUCUCGUCAUAAUCUUGGAAUUUCUUCAAGAUUCUCCAAUAUCCCUCUUUUCAUGCGCUUUGGUCAAUCGAACUUGGUGUAAAAAUGCUUUACCCAUUUUAUGGAGAAAUCCAUGGCAUGAUUCUAUAAUUGAUGCUAUAGAUCCUAUAAGACGACGUCGUUUAUUAAUUUCAAAAUACAUUGCUACUUUACCUCCUCCUUCAAAAUCUAUUCUUAUUCAAAAUAAAAUCGCUUUACCUUCUCCUAUGUUUAACCCUAUUUUUAAUUAUUCUACUUUUAUUCGUUAUUUAAAUUUAGAUGCUUUAAAAUUAGCAAUUAAAUCUUGGAUUUAUGAUUCAAGUUCUCCUAAAGAAUUUCAUGGUGUC